GGACCGCAGCGAGACCGGCCGGCGCGCUGGGCAUGCUCAGUGGCGGACCCGGCGCUGGAGUCGGAAGCCUGUGCGCGGCAGCCGCAGCCGAGCCGGCCGGGGCGCACUGAGAGCGCGCGGUACUCGCUGCAGCGGCGGCCGGGUCGCGGCGCAUCCGGGCCGGGACCGGAGGCGAGCCCAGCGCGGCGCCCGCGACCCGCCGGCCGCGGCGCCUGCUCCCUCGAUCCCGCUCGGGGAAAGGGCAGGCGGCUGUUGGCGUCGGCGGGGCGCUGAGGAACCGCGGCGGCGGCCGCCGCAUCCUCGCCGCUCGCCCCGGCCCGGCCGCGUCCCAGAGCCGUCGGGCAUGGAGCCGUGGAAGCAGUGUGCGCAGUGGCUCAUCCAUUGCAAGGUGCUGCCCGCCAACCACCGAGUGACCUGGGACUCGGCGCAGGUAUUCGACCUGGCGCAAACCCUCCGCGAUGGAGUCCUGCUCUGCCAGCUGCUUAACAACCUCCGGGCGCACUCCAUCAACCUGAAGGAGAUCAACCUGAGGCCGCAGAUGUCCCAGUUUCUCUGUUUGAAGAACAUAAGGACAUUUCUCACGGCCUGUUGUGAGACAUUUGGAAUGAGGAAAAGUGAACUCUUCGAGGCAUUUGACCUGUUUGAUGUUCGUGACUUUGGAAAGGUUAUAGAAACAUUAUCACGACUUUCUCGAACACCCAUAGCGUUGGCCACAGGAAUCAGGCCCUUCCCAACAGAAGAAAGCAUUAACGAUGAAGACGUCUACAAAGGCCUUCCUGAUUUAAUAGAUGAAACCCUUGUGGAAGAUGAAGAAGAUCUCUAUGACUGUGUUUAUGGGGAAGAUGAAGGUGGAGAAGUCUAUGAGGACUUAAUGAAGGCAGAGGAAGCACAUCAACCCAAAUGUCCAGAAAAUGAUAUACGAAGUUGUUGUCUAGCAGAAAUUAAGCAGACAGAAGAAAAAUAUACAGAAACUUUGGAGUCAAUAGAAAAAUAUUUCAUGGCACCACUAAAAAGAUUUCUGACAGCAGCAGAAUUUGAUUCAGUAUUCAUCAACAUUCCUGAACUUGUAAAACUUCAUCGGAACCUAAUGCAAGAGAUUCAUGAUUCCAUUGUAAAUAAAAAUGACCAUAACUUGUACCAAGUUUUUAUUAACUACAAGGAAAGAUUGGUUAUUUACGGGCAGUACUGCAGUGGAGUAGAGUCGGCCAUCUCUAGUUUAGACUACAUUUCUAAGACAAAAGAAGAUGUCAAACUGAAAUUAGAGGAAUGUUCCAAAAGAGCAAAUAAUGGGAAAUUUACUCUUCGAGACUUGCUUGUGGUUCCUAUGCAACGUGUUUUAAAGUACCACCUUCUCCUCCAGAGAUGGGGUCUUGUCAUGUUGCCCAGGCUGGUCUCAAAUUCCUGGACUCAAGUGAUCCUCCCAUCUCAGGCUGGAAAUGUGCUGGGAUUACAGGAACUGGUCAAACAUACCACUGAUCUGACUGAGAAGGCAAAUCUGAAACUGGCUCUUGAUGCCAUGAAGGACUUGGCACAAUAUGUGAAUGAAGUGAAAAGAGAUAAUGAGACCCUUCGUGAAAUUAAACAGUUUCAGCUAUCUAUAGAGAAUUUGAACCAACCAGUUUUACUUUUUGGACGGCCUCAGGGAGAUGGUGAAAUUCGAAUAACCACUCUAGACAAGCAUACAAAACAAGAAAGGCAUAUCUUCUUAUUUGAUUUGGCAGUGAUCGUAUGUAAGAGAAAAGGUGAUAACUAUGAAAUGAAGGAAAUAAUAGAUCUUCAGCAGUACAAGAUAGCCAAUAAUCCUACAACCGAUAAAGAAAAUAAAAAGUGGUCUUAUGGCUUCUACCUCAUCCAUACCCAAGGACAAAAUGGGUUAGAAUUUUAUUGCAAAACAAAAGAUUUAAAGAAGAAAUGGCUAGAACAGUUUGAAAUGGCUUUGUCUAACAUAAGGCCAGACUAUGCAGACUCCAAUUUCCACGACUUCAAGAUGCACACCUUCACUCGAGUCACAUCCUGCAAAGUCUGCCAGAUGCUCCUGAGGGGAACAUUUUAUCAAGGCUAUUUAUGUUUUAAGUGUGGAGCGAGAGCGCACAAAGAAUGUUUGGGAAGAGUAGACAAUUGUGGCCGAGUUAAUUCUGGUGAACAAGGGACACUCAAACUACCAGAGAAACGGACCAAUGGACUGCGAAGAACUCCCAAACAGGUGGAUCCAGGUUUACCAAAGAUGCAGGUCAUAAGGAACUAUUCUGGAACACCACCCCCAGCUCUUCAUGAAGGACCCCCUUUACACCUCCAGGCCGGGGAUACGGUUGAACUUCUGAGAGGAGAUGCACACAGUCUGUUUUGGCAGGGCAGAAAUUUAGCAUCUGGAGAGGUUGGAUUUUUUCCAAGUGAUGCAGUCAAGCCUUGCCCAUGUGUGCCCAAACCAGUAGAUUAUUCUUGCCAACCCUGGUAUGCUGGAGCAAUGGAAAGAUUGCAAGCAGAGACUGAACUUAUUAAUAGGGUAAAUAGUACUUACCUUGUGAGGCACAGGACCAAAGAGUCAGGAGAAUAUGCAAUUAGCAUUAAGUACAAUAAUGAAGCAAAGCACAUCAAAAUUUUAACAAGAGAUGGCUUUUUUCACAUUGCAGAAAAUAGAAAAUUUAAAAGUUUAAUGGAACUUGUGGAGUACUACAAGCAUCAUUCUCUCAAGGAAGGGUUCAGAACCUUAGAUACAACUCUGCAGUUUCCAUACAAGGAGCCAGAACAUUCAACUGGACAGAGGGUUAAUAGAGCAGGCAACAGCUUGUUGAGUCCAAAAGUGCUGGGCAUUGCCAUUGCUCGGUAUGACUUUUGUGCAAGAGAUAUGCGAGAGUUGUCCUUGUUGAAGGGAGAUGUGGUGAAGAUUUACACAAAGAUGAGUGCAAAUGGCUGGUGGAGAGGAGAAGUAAACGGCAGGGUGGGCUGGUUUCCAUCCACGUAUGUGGAAGAGGAUGAAUAAAUUCAAAUCCAGCAUCGCACCCUGCACCAAAAAUUUCAGAGAAGGGAUAAAUAGAAGCCUGCACAGCAUUGUGAAUUAACUGAAGUGUUUAAAAAGCUGCAUUUCUGGCUGUUCAACAUCCUCCCUCCUUAGCCCCUCCUAAGUCUUAAUGCUGAGAUUUCUAAAGAUGCUGGUACUGACAGAUUAAUGGCUUGCCUAGAGCUGUGCAAGAAACAGCCUGCCAGUCUGUCAUUGUCAGGGACCAGGGCAAAACCAAGAGUUGUUCUUCCCAGAAGAGCCCUGCAAACACAUUGGUUCAUGCUUCCCUUUACUUCAUCCGGUCAGAUACCAUGAGUGCCAGUCAUCAGUAAAUCUUUAAUACACUUUUGCUUUAUUCUCACAUGUCAUUCAGCAGAUUAUUUGAUGGUACAAAGAAACAGAAGUGUAAUUUUUAUUUUCCCAGCAUGAAGAAAAAUUGGAGUUCUGCCAUUUGAGCAGCUUACUGGAAAGAUCCAGCCUUACUUGUCUUAAAUUGUCCAACAAGGUGACUCAUUGCCCGGCAAACACUUUUACCCUCAGAUGUUACUCAUGAUAUUAUAAAAUAUGAGGCCAAUGCUCAGGUUUGCCUCAUAAGUGAGAUAUCCCUGAAGGAAUUUAAUUAUUCAUGUGGUGUCCUGAUUAUAUUUGCAAACUUCUUUAUAAAAGGUGAAAAAAGCACAUAAAAGAGAGGGUGUCUUCAUACUAAACCUUCACAACCUUCAUGAUUUCAUAGGAUUAUUUUGGAAAUAUAGUAUUUGACUUUAUGAAAGAAUGUGGGCUAGGUAUAUUAGGAGUAGUUGCCAAUAAUCUGAAUAAGGUGGCAUUGUUUACAGAAACAGAUCAAGGGCUAUAAUUUAUGUCAUUUUAUAGCAGCAGUAUCUAUUAACACAUGCCUUUUCCUCCCAUCCACCUCCUCCCCGUCACCUCCCCUUCCGUCCCCCACAAAGAUGAUCUGGGACAUGACUUUUUUAUUGCCACAUUUUCUUGGAGCACAAACAACCUUGUCGAGGAUUUUGGAAGGAAAGCACAGCUGGGUCCUUUAUUCAUUUCUGGGACAGAAAGAGGGUCAGUGGGCUUUUGUGGGCUUCCAGCUUCUCUCAGAGUCUCCCCCUCUGCAGCCCAUCCUGGGAGUGUAUUAACUCGAGGGAAUAUGAAUCUUGCAGUACAUUUGUUUUGCCAAGCCAUCACUCUUUUAUGUGAGGAGCCUAAAUACAUUCUUCCUGGGGUCCAGAGUCCCCAUUCAAGGCAGUCAAGUUAAGACAUUAACUUGGCCCUUUCCUGAUGAAAUAUUUCUUCCGCAGCAGAAGUUGUGUUCUGACAAGAUGCAGAGAGUGUUUCAUGUUUGGAAAAAAAGAAGCAGCAUUAACUUAGUAGAGCUGAACCAGGAGCAUUCAGUUCUGAAAUUUUGAAUCAUCUCUGAAAUGAAGCGGGUGUGGCCUGCCCUCUCCUCAAGCCGUUUGGGUGCCAGAACUCAAGGUUCAGUGGACACAUCCCCCUGUUAGAGACCCUCAUGGGCUAGGACUUUUCAUCUAGGAUAGAUUCAAGAUCUUUACCUCAGAAUUAUGUAAACUGUGAUUGUGUUUUAGAAAAAUUAUUAUUUGCUAAAACCAUCUAAGUCUUUGUAUAUGUGUAAAUGAUCACAAAAAUGUAUUUUAUAAAAUGUUCUGUACAGUAAAGUUACACCUCAAAGUGUACUCUUGGAAUGGAUUCUUUCCUGUAAAGUCUUAUCUGUGACUCUGUCUCGGGAAUGUUUUGUCUGUUGCCAUCAGCUGAACUUUGUUAUGGAGGGAGCAGCCUCAUACAAGCAGAAACACUCCUGUGGAUGGUAUUGUAGCAUGUAUUGUUUAAUUUAGUCAAUAGACCCUCUCCUUAUAAAUGGUGUUUAGUCUUCCUGUUGCAUUUCAUGGGCCUGGGGGUUUCCUAGCAGAGGCUAUUAGAGCUCCUUUUUGUGACAUUACCAAUUACAUCUUUGUCUACGUUUAAUACUUUGUAUUGGAAACUUCAAAUGCUGCGGAUUUGUGUAGAGUUCUAAUACCAAAGACAGAAGUAAAUGUUUUCCAUAUACUUUGUCUUGCCUUGUAUGCAGCCCUUGUGUAAUAUGGUGAAUUAGAGUGGUAUUUCACUUUGUAUUAUUUUGUAAAUAUGUCAAUACAAUAAAUAGUGACUAAGUUGA